AUGGGCUCAAUAGAAGCCGGCUGGCGACCCCUAAGCGUAGGCAUAAUCGGCGGAGGCAUCGGCGGUCUCUCAUGCGCCAUCGCACUCCGGCGCGCCGGCCACACCGUCACAAUCUACGAGCGCAACGACUUCGCCGGCGAAGCAGGCGCAUCCGUCUCCUGCGCCGCCAACGGCACCCGGUGGCUCCACGAAUGGGGUGUCGAUGUAGAGAAAGGCGAUCCUGUUGUUUUGAAGAAGCUCAUAAACCGGGACUGGACGACGGGGGAGCCGGUUAGCGUUUACGAUCUUGAUGACUAUGAGGAGCGGUGGGGUUAUGUGUAUAAUAUGUUUCAUCGGCAGUAUAUGCAUAAGAUGCUUAUGGAGUGUGCGCUGCAGGAGGAGGGUGAGGGGAUGCCGGUGAAGUUGUUGGUGAACCAUCCGUGCCAAAGUAUACACCUCCCAACCAACCAAAUCACCUUCUCCAACAAUACCACCGUCCGCCACGACCUCAUCAUCGGCGCCGACGGCAUCGGCUCCGUCACCCGCAAGAUAAUCGGCCUGAACCCCGAGAAACACCCCGCAGAAUCCAGCUGCCUGCACGCCAACGUCCUCCGGAAAGACAUCCAAAAACUCGGCCUCGAAGACUACUCCCUCAACAGCGCACUAGAGUACUGGGGCGGCCAGGAGGGCAAGUGGGACAAGAUCGUCCUCUCACCUUGCAACGGUGGCGAACUUCUCUCAUAUUACUGCUUCUUCCCGCGCGAGAAAGGCGACUAUGCGAAUCAGACGUGGGGCGGUGCCGAUUUGCCUGUCGAGGAACUGCUUGCGCCGUACCCUGAGCUCGAUGAGAAGGUAAAAGCUCAUCUUGCUAUUGGUAUCGAGGUGCGGCCGUGGCGGCUUUGGGUUCAUCAGCCUUAUCCGUAUGUUGUUAAGAACUGUGUCGCGUUGAUUGGCGAUGCUGCACAUCCGAUGAUGCCGCACCAAAGUCAAGGCGCCUGCAUGGCGAUAGAAGACGCGGCUGCACUGGGCAUUCUCUUCAGCAAGAACUAUUUCCGAGGAGAUGUGCAGGAGUCGCUCGCAGUCUACGAGAAAGUCAGACUACCUCGCGCGACAAAGGUUCAGGCUUCAGCUGCCAAAGCAGCGUCCAAUAUCAACGAACGCAUUGGCUUCAGCAGCAAUACAUCAAUGGCGAACUACAAGGUAGAGGACGAGGCGAAGAAGUUGACCAUUGAAGAGAUGAACGCCUACGAUAUGUACAAGGACAUCGAGCAAGCUUUUGCGGAGAUGGAUGGAGUUGCAUACACCGACAGAUACGUCAGAGGAUUGCCUUUUGGGCUGCGGUUGUCGAACGGGGUCCAAAUUGCUGGCAAUGCCAGACUGUAG